GAGGGGUUACAAGCUCAGUCCCGCGGAACAUCCUGCAAACACAUCUGAGACUCGGAACAAAACUCUACAUAGUUCCCCGCGAGCCGCCGCGCACAUCGCCUCCUCUCCGCCGGAUGGCUCGCUGUUUGAUCCCCGGACCGAAGCUCCGACACCGCGGUCAAAAGUCGUUGAGUCGCUGUUGGUGAAUAGUUGACCGACUCCGCAGGUCGUUGCCCCCGCUGGACUUAUGUGUUUAUGUUUGGACGCGCGGCGGUGGGACAUCCGGAAUGGGGGAUCCGUAGGAGGGGACGACGCUCGCUGGUGUGCCGCUGUCUGUAGAUAGAGCGCGAGCGCACCAACGCGUUAGCGCGCACGCGACCUAUACGCACGAGAGAUGGACUUGAAGAGGACGAAGUUUGGAAGGUCUACAUUCAUCUUUCUUUCUUUCUUUCUUUCUUUCUUUCUUUCAUCCUUCCUUCCUUCCUUCCUUCCUUCCUUCCUUCCUUCCUUCCUUCCUUCCUCUCUCAGGUUCAUGAAUUGCAGGGUGCCAGCCAGUAGGAGAUACCAGCCCACUGAAUAUGAACAUGCUGCAAACUGUGCCACACAUGGGUUGUGGAUCCUUCCUAGCCUGGUGGGCGGGUCGGUGCUCUGCUUCUUGUCUGUGGACCAAUGGCAUCGUGUUGCCGCCUGGCUCUAUGGGAGCGGGCUCACUGGCUUGUUCGUCACCUCAACACUCUUCCACACUGCUGCAUGGAAAAUCAGCCACCUCCGGAAGCUGGAGCAGCGUUUUCACAUGUGUGACAGAAUCGCCAUCUACUUCUUCAUCGCCGCCUCCUACUCGCCCUGGUUGAUGCUGAGGGAGCUGGGCCCCUGGGCGUGCCACAUGCGCUGGCUGAUCUGGGUCAUGGCUUGUGUAGGAUCCAUGUACGUCUUCUUCUUCCAUGAGAGGUACAAGCUGGUGGAGCUGCUGGGAUACGUGGCCAUGGGGGCUGUUCCUGCGUUGGUCAUCCUGUCCAUGGUGGAGCGCACAGGUGUGUGUGAACUGGCAGUGGGAGGUGUCUUCUAUGUAGUGGGCGUGGUCUUCUUUAAGAGUGACGGCCUCGUCCCGUUCGCUCACGCCAUCUGGCAUCUUUUCGUUGCCGUCGGAGCGGGGAUUCACUAUUACGCCAUCUGGAGGUACCUGUACUUACCUGGGCCGCUGCUGCAGACGGCCAGGUGACCAGCUGGAGAUCACAUGGCUCCACACCGAGUCACAUGACCCAAGAACAAGCGUAAUUUACUCAUGAGAUCACCGUGUUUUGAAAACGGCUCACUGAAGCCGAACGUGUGAUGACUGAUAAUACGGUGUGAUGAUACUAAACAGGUGGGCGAAGGAAUGCGAUUCUGAUUCUGCUUUGUAAAACCAGCUAUCAUCACUAACACAUGCGCAUCACACCAGUCUGUACUGGUUAUACUGGUCGCUGCAUGGAUGCCAAUCUGUAGAGAAAGUGAGAAACGGCUCCGGGUGUGAAACUACAGUGAAUGUACCAGGAAGUUUAAAUGACCAAUGUUGAGUUAAAGGAACAGUUUGACAUUUUGGGAAGUAUGUUUAUGCGUUUCCUUGGUGUUCAGAUCGAUACCGCUCUCACACGUGUGUACGCUAAUUAAGAAGCUACAGCCAGCAGCCGGUUAGCUUAGCUUAGCUUAGCACAGAAUCCGUAAACAGGGGUGAACAGCUGACCUGGCUUUGACCUGACUAAAGAAUUAAAGUUACAGCUCAGUUGUUUAAUCAGUCUUGUUGUCAGGCAAGUUACUGCCGCUGUGCUAAGCUAAGCUACAAUGCUACUAGCUUUCAUAUUUACUUCACAUAUAUACAUACGUGUGGUAUUGAUCUUCUCAUCUAACUCUUCACAAGAAAGCAAAUAAAGAGCAUUUCCUGAAAAAUGUCAAACUGUUCCUUUAAACUUCUGUAAGUGAACUUACAACAUACUGUCUGUGACAUCACUUCCUCAGCUUUCCUGAACAUCUGAGGUGAUGUGCCAAAACCUACCGGACACACAUUCCUCAAUAGUGGUGCUAACUAGCCGGGUUUAAAUAGUGGAACUGACUUUAUUUUACUUUCCAGUUUCAGGCCAGUAUAUUACUUCUUCCUCUGAGGGCAUUUAAACUGUAAAGUGUGCAGCAUCUUUGCUGUACUGGUCUUAGGUGAUCACAGACUACAGAACGUAAUCUGCUGACCAUGUAAUAUCUGUGUGAUAUGAAUGAACUGACACCCUGAAACAGACUGAUUGACCGUCUCUCCGUCAGGACGAGGUCGACUGAUUAGUGGAACUGGCCUCGUUGUGAUUUAUAUUUAUCGUGAAUCACACAAAAUCGAUUCUGAUGCUUUACUGUAAUGUGAUUUAAAGAUGAAAAGUUCAUCAUAAAGUCACACUGACGACUGUAUUCUGGGUCAAACAUUGAUCUCCCCGAUGAUCUCGUUUUAAACGACCACGAUUGGCCGUUGUUUUGUUGAAGUGAUGCACUAUUAUCCUGAAGCACUUUUCUAUUAACAGCAGUGACGACUUCCCUAGAACUUCCUGAAUAUGACAGAAAUAACACUUUAAAUACAUGUUGACUAUAUAUGCAAAUUUUCCAUUUUUAUUUUCACAGUUUUGAUUUUUAUACUUAAUCCAGCACUUCAUAGGUCACACUUUCAGGUCUUUCCUAACCUUUAGUAGAGAAAAGAAAUUCUGUUUUAACUUUUAGAAAACAGAGCACUUACUCAGGAAGUGGAGCAUUUCAGUUUUGUUUGUGUUUUUUGUAAAUCAGAUGAUCUAUUUUGUAAAAUUGUGAAAUCACUGUAUUAAAGAAGAGACACUAUUA